UUCCUUUCGAAAGUGGGUUUGAAGUUUGGGCGUGGUCUUACAAGUUCAAAACGAGUGAGAAUCUACCAUGACCAUGUGGUCAAUGAUGAAAAUUUGUGUUUAGAAAAUUAAAAUUAGAAUUUCAAAUUAAAAUAAAAUAAAAUUUAAAACGCUAAAAAUUUGCAUGACUUUUCUAAAAUUUCCUCAGAUGACCAUGCAGAUUGCAGGUGCCAAAUUAAAUCCUCCGUUUGAAAUCGGUCAAUCGUUGACCGUUGAUAUCGUUUGGUCAUGUUGGUUUUUUUUUUCGAUUGAAACGUGCAAACAAAUUGUGUGCUAUCAUUAUCAUCGAUAAGUGGAACGGUGUGUGGUAGCCCGUUUAAUAAGUGUCACCUAAUACGAAAUCGUUUCCAUGGAACGAAACGGAAAAAAAUAAAGGUGAAACGAUUGUGAUAAGAUAAAGUGUAGGUAUUUGUAAUGUGUAGCGUCAUUAUUCAAACUUUGUGACUGCACCUCAAAGAGUAUCUCAGUUUGAAUUUUUUUGUUUGCUUAAUCUAAAUUCAACAAUAUAAAAUAACAUGCAUGCUCUGUAUUCUUACCUGAAAAUUUAGUUUUUCUAAAUCUAAUACCUUAAAAUAAAAAAAAAUUGACAUAAAAAACGUUACUUAAUCCACCUUUAGAAGGUUGCUGCCUUCCUCACAUUCAUAAAGUCAAAACAUUCAUUAAAAAUAGCAACAUUCCCCCUUAACAUGUUUAACAAAUCAACUUUAUUAGGGGAGAGUGGGGAGACUUGAUCCCCUUUUUUGUAUCGCACAUAACUCUGUCAAUUUCUCACAAAACUAUAAACUUUUUGCAUGAAUUGAAAGCUUAAACCACAGACAAACAGACGUAAAUCUCUUUUUAAUUCCAUCAAUCAGGAAUAUAACGGCUGAUUUGAAUUUAAACUUAGUUCUCGGAUUAUCCACCAGAAUAGGAUGGCGCUGCAAUCAAGGCACACUUUCAAAUGACGUUUAAGCUAGCGCGCCAAAAGUUUCAGGUAGCGCGCCAAAAGCUUUGUUUUUUUUUUCUGCUGCUACUUGAGUGUGAGGAUGGACCAGUUUGGAGAAGAUUGGUCGGUGGAAUUUUUGGAUCCGGACCCGCCUCCGGGUGUGGAUUCCGCUGAAUGGUCUGUUGAGCAUUUAGAUAAUCCUCAAUCCUUCCCGGCCGAACCGUUAGAAGAAGAGACGCCGGAUUGGUUUGAAAGUUUUAUCACAAAACACGAGCUACAGGAUGAAGAUAUGCCGGAUGCGAACUACGGAAGUCUACUGCUAGACCGACACGAGCCACUGGACGAAGAAAUGCCGGAAGCUACGAGUAACGAUUCCGGUGUUCUGAACAUCGGAAGAUUCUUAGGCAAUUCCAACAACGAGACGCUGUCCCAUUCAGCUGAUUUUGUUAUUUCAUCCGUCGGCGUUGAUGGUGUACCCCAACUUGACCAGGUGAAUGGGUUAAGCAAUGCAGUGUCCACCGGAAUCGCCUCGCCAACCUCGAGCACGCAAGAGACCGCGAGAAUCUUUACUCCGUCGUGGUCCUCAAAUCCGGCCUUCGUGAAUGACGCGGUAUCCAGCGAUGGCAAUAACGCGGCCCGGCCGACUUCGAGCACGCAAGAGACCGUGAUAAUCUUAACUCCGUCGUGGUCCUCAAAUCCGGCCGUCAUGAAUGACGCUGUGUCCAGCGAUGGCGAUUGCGCUUACCACGAUUUCAGGCAACUCAGUAUUGACAACCCGGCCGACCUCGACUCAUGGCCAAUUUGUGGGCAUUGUUCACAAACAGCGCAGUAAUACCCAAACCACCCUCAAACUGGUGCAUCUUUCCAUCAACCUCUGCAGCCUACACGAAUGUUUCCUCGGCAAGAUUUACCUAGUGCAUGGCCGCAAUCGGACGCGGACGUGGACCGUCUGCGUGAGUUAAGAAUUUGAACUUCUUGCAUUCUUCUCACAUGUUGGUAAACAAAUGUAAAUGUUAGUAAACAAAUCUCCCUCCUCUCACUACAACAAGAGUAACCGCGUUCACUCACACAUUAACCAAUUCUCAUAUACAGUGAUGCUUAAUGCUAGUAUUGGCCACCAGAUCGAGCUACUAGCUAACCUUUUUCCAUUUUUUUUUUGUGAUUGAUGGAUUUUCGUUAAAUUUGUUCAAUGAUUUACGUCUGUUUGUCUGUGCUUAAACAUUCAUCUAUGUUUGGCUGAUAAGGGUAUUUCAUCAGAUAAACUUUUCGAAUCAUGCCAAGCGUUUUAAAAAAAUAUUUUAAUCCGGCAUUUUCAAAAUGUUGGGGGUAAUUUGAUCCCCCUUUCAACAUUUUGAAGAAAUCUUAAGGAAAAUGUUUUUUAUUCAUCCAAACUUUUAUUUUUUUAUAAGUUACAGCAAUUUCACAUAAAACCUGUACGUUUGUGUUCAAAAUAUAACAUGUUUAGUAUGUAAAAUAUUUAAAAACUGAAUAUAUUAUUUUUAAGACCAAAAUUAGGCAUGUUUACGAAAGCUGGAAAUUUUUGUUUACAGAACUUCUAACUGCAGUAAGUUAUGUACAGCUAUACUAAAGGGAACUAUGUAUGAAAACCCAGCCCAAUUAAUUAAUCUUGAGGCUGAUUCCAGCGACUUUAAAAAUGCAGGGAUCAAGUCUCCCUAAACGCAUAUUUUUAAACAAUUGAUUGUAAAAAUAGUAUGACGAUAAAUUUAACAUCGGUUGCGUAAGGGUUUUAGAGUUGAUAAGUAUAUCAAACAAUUCAUGUAUAAAAAAUAUUUUUUUUAAAUAAUUUUUGAGUGUUUUCUAUACUUAUCAAAACAAAGAAAAAAGAUCUCUUGGAAGUUUUUUGCAGCACUUCUUCGAAAAAUGUGUGUAACUCAAUCUAAACAUUUUUAAUUUGUUUGCUUUGUUUUCUACAAUGAGUUUUAGUUAAUUUCGCACAACUUUCUAGAACAUAGCUAAUUGUUUUACCCACAUGCUGACGAGAUACAGGCUUGGGAUCAAGUGUCCCCGGGGAUCAAGUCUCCCCACUCUCCCCUACUCAUUUCUUUUGAUAGGGUUCGCAGACCUUCAAUAUUUCUGGCUCAUCGGCAAGGUCUGAUAAAAAAACCCUAUCCAACGAUAGUUCGCAUGGAAGAUUCAGACAAUAUUUUGAUCACAAUAUCUGAAAUCCGACCUCUAAAAGGUGUAUAAAUAACACUUAAGUGCCAAUAACUUUUGAUAGGGUUUUCAGAUCCUUGAUGUUUUAGAAUCAUUUGAAAGGUCUUUCAAUUAUCUAACUAACGAUGGGUAGCAUGAUGGACCCAGACAUCAUUUUCCGAGGGGCGGGACAGUAAUAAGAAAUUAACGGUAGGAAUUAAGUACAUUAACGAUUGUUUACGUUCAAAACAUCGCCACCUCUUCUUACACUACAUUGAUUUGACAGUUUGACACCACUCGUGUAUGUUGUUGUUUUUGCCGCAAAAUUUGUGUCUUCGAAAAGCAGGUUGAGCAGGAAAGUGCCACCGGUGCCAGCGUGGCACAGGCAAAUCGAAAAAGUUGCGCAGCGCCAUCCAGGGCGGUAACCAUGACGGUUUGGACGAUAUCGAAGCUGGUCCAGCCGGAAGAUUUGUUGGAGAAGGCCAUCGAGCGGCGCAUUGAGACACACCUCGAUGCUGCGUUUGUUGAAACGGAUCCUCGAUUCCAAUUCUCCACCCACAUAUUUCUGCAAACAUGGUCCAGUUGGUCUGGCUUUUUCGUCAACACUCCCGCCAAACAGCUGGGCAUGUUGAAUGCGGCCCACCAGGAGUGGUUUCCUCUGAUGUGUCCCUACCGUUGCAACCCAAUCACCACCGAGUCCUCGAGGUCUGUUAGUCCCGUGAUGACUUCCAGAUGCCAGAAUCAUCGUUACUACCAUGAGCCCGGCGGAAAAGCAAUAACCGGUUGAGCGAAAUGAGGACUCUUCUCAGGAACAACGAGUUGUGUAUUUGUUCAUAUACUCGCCCCAGCUUCUGCGCCAGGGUCCUUGGCGAUCGGCAAAGUGGCGCCGUUAUUCCAGACUGGAACUGGCCAACUUAACAUGGCGGGAUUAUUAUUGAAAUAAAUGAAACAACAAAGAUGAGAUAUUUUAUUUUCUUCUUUUCAAUGCAAUCUACCAAAAAGUCAUCACCUAACGUAAAUAAAAGCCACUCCAAGUAAGUUACUCUGAUGAAAUUAUAAUGGACUACUCCUGAAUGCUUUUCCGUGUCACCCAUUUCUGAACCUGCCUCAGUCCAGCACCCUAGCUCUAGUGCGCCGCAGAGCGGCGUUGUCAUCAGAGCGCUCGUAGUGCAGUUUGCGGUUGCACAGAAGUUGCAAUUUAUUUCCCCCGAUGCCGAUUUGUUGAAGGCAUCGCUGUCGCAAGCCACCACCAGCUGCAAGGAAAUCUUGCUCUUGUCUAACGUCUGAUUUUUAUUCUUAAACUUGACCAUCUAUUACUCCGGCAAGGCGCGUCCCAGGAUCUUGUCAUAGGUGAAACCGCACUUAACCAUCUACUGGUUAAUGUAAUCGUCCUCCUCCAAAAUCUCUUCAGCUCCACGUCGUCAUUCAUUUUUACACGAAACCAAAACAAGCUUGACAGCCGAGCGCGCGAAAGAGACACGAAGCAAACCAAAGUUUUCAAAGCAGGUGUGGCGCUGUCAGAUGUCAAAUGACAUGAGGAAUUAAAUUCCUUAAUGUAUUAAAUACCAAAAAUUAAUAUAUUAAGGCCUUUGUCACGCCCCUCGUCAUUUUCCUUGAAUUAUCUGAGAUCCGGCCUCCAAAAAGUGUAUAAAUAACACUUAAGUGCUAAUAACUUUUGAUAGGGUUGUCAGAUCUUCAAUAUUUUGGGAAGGUCUUUUUAAUACCUUUCUGAAAAUGUAUAACAUGAUAGGGUUUCUUGCAAAAACCACCCUUUUUACAAUCUUCCGGACAAACGCAAAAAUCGUUUUUCUUAGCAUAACUUUUGAAGUACUUAACUAAACUUGCUGAUUUUAAAUAGAGACCUGUGGGACCCCAAGACAGACCGAAUGAAACUAAUACGGUCAAAAUCCGUUCAUCAAGUUCGGAGAUAAUCGAGUGACAUUUUUUUGUCCACCCACCUACACACAUCCACACAGACAUUUGCUCAGAACAUGAUUCUGAGUCGAUAGGUAUACGUGAAGGUGGGUCUACGAGGUCGAAUUAAGAAGUUCAUUUUUCGAGUGAUUUUAUAGCCUUUCCUCAGUAAGGUGAGGAAGGCAACAUAUCUUAAGUUUGUUUGAGAAUGAACCCAAUUAUUUACUUAUUGCUUACCCAUAACUAGAGGUUGUGUAUAACAGUUUGGUUCCAAUAUUUUAAAUGUUGUAAAGUUCAGUUAGAAUCGAGGUUAGAAUCCAUAUUUAUUUGUUUUUUUUUUAUUGUUUGUUUUAUUUGCAUAAGGGAACGAUCUUUUAUUACGUAACGCAACAUUUUAGAUGUUUUAACCCCUUCCCUCUCACGUAACAAAACUUCCAUACAAAUUUCAAAAGUUUUACGCGUUACGUAAUAAAAGAACGCUCACUAAGACUAGUACUCAUAUUAUUCGAGGAGAGGGACGAUUUAAAAAUAUUAAAAUAAUUUCGGUCAUUCGAUUCUUUUGUAUUUUUUAAUCCGGCUGAAACUUUUUUGGUGCCUUCGGUAUGCCCAAAGAAGCCAUUUUGCAUCAGUUCGAGUUCGUUCAUAUAAUUUUCCAUACAAAUUUGGCAGCUGUCCAUACAAAAAUAAUAUGUGAAAAUUCAAAAAUCUGUAUCUUUUGAAGGAAUUUUUUGAUCGAUUUGGUGUCUUCGGCAAAGUUGUAGGUAUGGAUAAAAAAAUUUGAUGAUUUUUAUUUUUUUGUCACUAAAACUUGAUUUGCAAAAAAAAAAAAACACUAUUUUUAUUAUUUUUUUUUUAUAUGUUUUAGAGGACAUCAAUUGCCCGCUAUGAUUUUUUGAAUCAAUACAGAUUUAAAAAAAAUCGAAAUGUUGGUCGCAAAAAAAUUUCAACUUAAUUUUUCGAUGUAAAAUCGAAUUUGCAAUCAAAAAGUACUUGAUACGCCGCUUACAACAAUAUUUUCA